UUAAAAGUAUGGCCAUUACUUUCCGACAAUGAUACUGUGAUUUCUCAUAAUGUUAGGUUAUGCAACUUUCUAAUAGUAAAUUAUGAUGUAGAUAUUACGCUUUGCCCUCGGUAACUCUCGGAAGCUUACAAGACUAUUGAACUCAGUUUUUCUUUGAUAUAGGAACGGAGUACUUGUAUGAAAACACGAGAGAGUUUAAAAAUUCUUUAUUUACAUUUUUCGCAUUGAUUCAAUACUAAUAUGAACUUGUGAGGAUUUUUAAAAGUUUCUUUUACAUGAAAUACAAUUUAAAAAGAGCAAUGCAUCUGGAUUAUUUUCUGAUUGAAAAGGCGGUUUUAUUUCACAUUCGCCAUCGACAGCCGCUGUGAUAUUUUUCGAAGUUUACAGAUAGCCCAUUUUAACCGUGAUGCAUUGAGGAAAAACACAGCAAGUGGAACAUCAUUCUAUAAUCCUUCAUUCUACAAUAUUGUUAAUCGAGCUAUUAUACUAUUAUUCAUCACUAUUAUUUACUGUUUAUUCAGAAUCACUGGCAUUUGUCAUUACAUCCAGUAAAGUAAACUAUAACACAAGGAAUCGAUUAGCGUAUAUCUUUCUUCAGCAAACAAUGCAUUAGAAAAAUGUGAAAUUAUAUAUAACAAAUAAAAUGCAAUUCAUACUGUUAGUGUUUGGAAUAAUUCUGCCUCUUGUCGUCAGCCAUAGAAUUCUGACAGCAAAAAAACAUGGAGGUGACGCCGUACUUUUCAUUUUAUUUCCCGAGGAAGACGUUCCAGCUGAAGCUUACAAAUCCUUAGGCACCGCUAUCCAGACAUUCUGUCCACUACAGUUAUGGAUAGGUAUCAUUGAAGACAAAAGAGGAACAUAUUAUGAGGUUACAGACGUUUUACGACUGGUCGAUAUGAUCAACACAGAGGUGUACCGUUUAAAGAAGACCACUGGAAAAGUACAAAUAAUUCUUGGUGGACAUGGCCAGUCUGGAUCGUUAAUUCAACAGUUUGUGUCAGAAUACCCAGACGUAGUAAGCGGAAUUAUACUACUUGGGACUCAUGUUAUGUCAGACAAGAUAUUAUUGCAGUUGAAUGUACCUACAAUGACUGUUAUUGGGAAUUUAGACGGAUUAACAAAAAUCACAACACUAGCUAAUGUUUACAAAAAGUUUCUACAACAAAUAAAAGCUGAUCCCAGUCUAAAAUACCGUUAUCCAAUGGUAGUGUUAGAUGGUGUUAAUCAUGGAAUAUUCAGUAAUGGUCAACUUCCUAUCCAUCUACUUAUACAGGACAUCACUUUAGACACGGAAUAUGAAAAUCUUCUCCAAUACAUUCUGCAACCAAUUUCUACAUUUCUUUUCUACUGUAGAGGGGACAAUGGUAGAGUUGUUCUAGAUUCUUUGAAUGAUUACUUUGUAGAAACUAACAAAAUUUUGGAGCCGUUACUGAAAGCCCAUCAGAUAACCAUAGACCCAAAAGAAUACAAGUCGCACUGGGUUAAACAGUCGCAGAUGUGGUUAUCAGAUCUUGUUGGUCCAGAUUCAACUCGAAUUAAUAUAGAGAGUUAUUUCACAUAUCAGUCAGCAUUCAAUCCGGCUCUCUUUAACGAAUCUGUUUCAAAAGUUACCAUAUACUUAUUUUCACAACUGGACACGCCAGUCGAAAAGAUAGAUUCUGAUGAGAUACCUUUACAGAUACAUGCAAGGAUGUUCCGAAGAGAUGCAAUUUUGAAAAAGCUAGGAAUAACGCAAAACGACAAUUCUCCAGAACGUACAUGCAAGGACUUGAAUUACGCAUCCUACGUGAUAGCAUAUAACAGAUCAGCAGAGAAAAUUAGAAAAAGAUUCGACAAAAGAAAUCCAGGAAUUCUUUUCCAUGAAGAUAUUAUUAUACCAUCGGAAUCUAGUUCGAAUGAAAAGAAUAUUUUAGCCACUAGACAUAAUCGUGUACUUCAUGUGACGUCAUAUGCGUAUAUAACGGAAAACAACGAUGCUGGCGGACACAUUUGUUGCACACUUUUACCACCAAUUAGAGCAAUGGAGUGGAUUUAUUAUGGAAUAUAUAAAUAA